AUGCACUUGGGUUUUUUAAUCCGUUCGUCCAUAUUUGAAGCUCACACCAAACGGAAGUCUCCUUGUAUUGAAAAUUUGAUAGGCACACACCAUCUUACGGCUUUUAUCCGGGAGUACGGCGCAAGCAUGUUUUCCAUUCUCUCGGAGAAAACAUACGACUCAAUUCAGACAUCUACUGUCCAUGAACCUAAUGUCAUGGAUUUCUCUGAUCCAGCUUCUGUGCCAGCUACCGCGUUGUUUUCAUUCCAUCCGCUCGUGUUUUUGUACUUUAUAUUGUCAUUCGUUAUCAUACCUUAUCCUAUCUAUCGUUUUUUGGCAAAGAGAUUAAAGUGGGAAACGAAUUACAAAUCUGUAGCUAGGCAUUGGAGUGAUAUGAUGUUGGGGUUUAGUUAUGGAUUGAUUUUAUUUGUAUUUGGCAAUUACAGUAAAGCAUACAGCUGGAUCACGGUGCUAGCUUUUUAUCCUUCAUUAUUCGGUUAUGCACUCAUUGCCGAGCUGCCGUUUACAAAGACUUCUCUACCCAACAUUAGAAAUUGGCCUAAAGGCAUGUGGGUCGUCUUCUUAGUAGCUUUAGCUGUCAUAUUAGCAUUCGCAGCAGUUCACAUCUAUUUUGCAUCUCAACUUGCAUUACCGUUUGUCAUUUAUUACGUGUGUGGUUUAUUGAUACCGGCUUUUUUCUUGGUUGUCUCCAUUUGUCUUAAAGGAGAAGUGAAUUCAAACUGGACGCGCUCCUUGUACCAUCGCUUCAAAGUGUCAAGAAUGAAAAGACACGGUAACUCUGCUCCUACUGUUUUGAGAAGAGGUGACGUAGUAAAUGAACCAGAUUUAAACGAAAAUGUAGCAGCAGAAGCAGCAUCUAAUACGCAUAAUGACUCCUUAAAACAAGAAGAAGAAGGCAUGGGUGGUGCAACAACAGUCGGAAACACAAAUUCGUCUAAAGAUCAACAACAACAACAACAACAGCAGCAGCAGCAGCAACAGUUACCUCCACCAAAAAAUCCAUAUACCCAAAGAGUCAAUCUGCAUAUCCAUCAUUGGCAAAUCUUUUAUGUUUUGGCUUUUUUUACUAGGUUCACACAUCCGGUUUCUCAAGUUGCCGCCGGUAUUGUCAUUGCUUGUUACAUGCAAGGCAUUUGUGCUUACGGCUACGAUUCUUUGGUUAAUGAUGGAUAGUCUAACGGCAUUGUCUUCAAGUACAAGCCGUAACAACUGACCGUCACAUACGAUUCUUGAAUAAUAAGCUUAAACUAAGAAUAACAAUAUACCUUGUUAUUAAUUAUUUAUUUACCUUAUACCUCAGAGCUAUAUUUAAUUAAAAAUAUAAUUACAAG